AUGGCACAGGAGAUUGAUCAGUAUCUAAAGGACCAAUUUUGCAAUGGCCUCAAGGUGGGAGAGAGUGGCUCAAAAAUUCCCCUGCGCACCCACUUUGAGGAAAUUAGUAAAUUGCUUGAACAGAUUUUUCAAUCAUCCUGGAUUGCAGACUCAUCAAACAGGGAAAAGGUGAGAGAAAAGUUAUACUACCUCAACAAUGUUUUGACUGAAUGCCAAAUGCUAUCUUGGAGAGACCAACUGACCGUGUGUAAGAUAAGGAGGAAGUUAAACGAAAUCACAGAAGAGCUCAGGGGCUGGGUUCCAAAUGGAACGACUACUGCACAGCCUAAUGGUCAAGUAAGUUCAUCAUAUGAGAGACAAGUUACCCAGUGGAGCACUCGGGUAGUUGAUGCAUCUAAGGUUCAUGGGUUUGAUAAUGAAGUGACAUUACUUGAAAAGUUGGUUCUUAGGCAAGGAAGUGAUGAUCAAUUCAAGGCAAUAGGCAUUGUUGGUAAGGCUGGUGUAGGAAAAACAACACUGUGUCAAGUAAUUUUCAAUAAGCCGGAGGUUCAGAAGUACUUCCUUCCAAGGAUUUGGGUAUGCAUGUCAAGAAAACCAAAUGAAGAUAAUGACACAAGGGUUGCAAUUGUCAAGAGAAUGUUGGAUUGCCUUGGAGUUGACGAGGAGAUCAUCAAUAAGGUUCACGGGGAUCAUAGCCUCAAGGGGCUCCUCUAUGCUCUUCACCAGCAAUUGUAUAGGAAGAGGUAUUUGAUUGUGCUUGAUGAUGCCAGGAACAAUGAUGCAGAGGAGACACAAGCAUUUUAUGGUAAGUUGGAUUCUUUGUUAUCCCGUGAUGGAGAAUGGGAUUGUCUUGCUUAUGGACUACCAAAAGGGUGUGGUGGAGCUGUUAUUGUGACAAGUAGGAAUGAGGAAUUAGCAAAGAACAUGGUUGGGGAGGAAAAUCUACUUCGUCUUCUACCACGUUCAGACCCAGAGAGCUUCUGGAAAAUAUUCAAAGAUGCAGUUGAGAAAGGCACAGAUAAGGACAGCACACCGUUACAGUUCAAACCUUCAAAUGUGGAAGAUCUGAAAAAACAAAUUUUACAAAAGUGUGAUGGCUUUCCGAUAACUGCAAAAAUGCUUGGUGAGAUCAUGCAUGACCCAGUAAAACAACUACAGGAUCAAGCCGCUCCAAAUGUUACACAACAAGCAGCCACAGAUUCGCAGAAUAGUAUUAUUUGA